UUCCGUUCACGUGGAGAAACACGGAAACGUUGAUCGCGCGCCGAACCGUCACAAACCCCGCGUUUGAUCAGGACACUAACAGACGCGGAGCGACGCAAGCCGAAGGAACCAGACUGACGAGAAGAGCCAGACCUGCAGCGGGAACAUAUCCUCUAAUCUCUGAUCCAGUCCUGCAUCUUUCUCUGGACGAUCACGGCAUCAAUCACUCCCUUAUUAUCUGAUUUUCUCCCAAAAAGUGUGCCGGCACCAUGAUGCCGUUGGUCUUCACACUUCUCUGCCUGUGCGUUUUAAAGAUGGGUUGCUUCUCCGCAUCUGUCACUCAAGCCACCGUCCAAUCAGAGCUUCAGUGUCAUGAUUGGGGCGUGUGGAGCGAGGGUUCGGUGCGGGUGUAUGACGGGGAGGUGGCGUAUCUCUACUGUCCGCUCUUCUCUUAUCCCACGCUCUACAGCUACAGUCAGACUCAGAACAGCAGUCUGUCUCUGCUGUGGUACCGACACACACACACACACGAGCUGGAGCAGCCCAUCAACCUCAAACUACACACACUGCACAAAGACCGCGAGUACCUGUGGAUUCAGCCGGCCUCGGCGCAGGACGCCGGACUCUACAUCUGCAUGCUCCGCAACAUUUCCUCGUGUGUGAAGAUCGGCGUGGAGCUGGAGGUGAUUCAGAAGGACGGAGAGUGUGACAGGAGAGCUCAACCUCACCUGAACCUGACUAUACCGUUCCAGAGCGAACGAACCCUCACCUGUCCAGACCUGAACACACUCACGCUGCCCAACAGCACACACUCCGUCAGGGGUCCACUUCCUGAUGUGGGCAGUAAAGUUCCCAUCGUUCUGAAUCCCGCGAGCGAUCAGAUCUACACAGUGACUCUGGGAGACACGGCGACGCUGUCCUGUCAUGUGCUUCUGCCUCACCUGUACGAGGAAAAGCAGUACAUCUGGUGGACCGUCGAUAACAAAACCGUGGAGCAGCUCGCCGACCCGCGAUUCAGCUCACCUGAGGCCAAGCUUGUGUCAAAUGAUUACGGUGACGAGAGGAAAGAACGAGUCCUGUAUGUGAGGGAUUUUUCAGCUGACGACCUGCAGAGGGAGUUUACCUGCUCCGCCAGAAACAGCCGCGGGAUUAACACCAGCAGAGCCGUACUCAAAACCGAACCGUACGUCCCGACUCUAGAGCUGGGCUGUGGUUUAGGUGUGACGCUGGCGCUCAUGUUGAUGAUGUUCGUCAUCUAUCACGUGUUCUGGCUCGAGCUGCUGCUGCUCUAUCGCUCGUGGUUCGGCUCAGAUGAGAGAUACACGGAUGAUAAGCAGUAUGAUGUGUACAUCUCAUACCCUCGCUACAGUGAGGAGGAGGAGUUCGUUCUGUCCACGCUGCGUCGAGUCCUGGAGACUGAGUUCGGUUACUCCGUCUGCAUCUUCGACCGGGACAGUCUUCCUGGAGGAACUAUAACAGACGAUACGCUGAGGUUUGUGGGUCAGAGCCGCAGGCUGGUGGUGGUUGUGAGUCCGUGCAGCGCUGUCCGCGGGACACAGGCUCUGCUCGAGCUGCAGGCCGGACUGACCAGCAUGCUCCACGGCGGCAGCCUCAGGGUGGUUCUGAUCCAGUUCAAACCGGUCCAGAGGAAGAGCUGGGUCAAAGAGCUGCGCCGGGCCCGGCUGGCGCUGACCCUCGUACGCUGGCAGGGCGAGAAAUCGGCCCCUCUGUCCUCACGCUUCUGGAAACAGCUGCAGCUGGAGCUGCCCAUGAGGAGGAACACACAACACACACAACACACGCAAACGCUGCUACCGGAUAUCACACAACACACACCCGACACACACACACAAAACACACAUCAUGCAGAAGAGAAACUCAUGGAUCCUUACUCUACCAGUGCCUUAUAGACAUCAGCUGUGUCCAUAGUCAAGCUUUAUUUGUAUAGCGCUUUUCACAAUCUGCAUCAUUUCAAAGCAGCUUUA